CGGACACUAAUAUCCUAUCUACAAAAAAACAAAGUGUAAACAAAAUUGAAAUGUGUUGAAAAAUGAAACGGUAAUUCAGCUUUCAAAUAUUGCAAUGAGCAAGCGUGAGGGCGUAGGCGUAACGCGUACGAGGCUAUCUCGGUAUUUCUUUCUUACGCACGCUCCGUAAUAACCGAUGACGUCAUAGUUCACGUAUUGCAUCUCUUUUCUAUUACUGGACAGACAAUUAUUGAUUUUUAUGCAGAUUUUAUAAUUAAUUUGGGAUAUUGUGAAGGUCUUUACAUUCAAAACCCAAAGCACACACCUAUGACUUUUCGAAGUUAUGUGUGUAAAGGAAAACAUCGUGAUGAAACCUAUAUACCUAGGAAUUGUCUCUAAAAAUAGCGAAGGCAUGUGAAAUUUGUCAACUCACACUAAGCUAAGCCAGUGUGAUGGAAUAAGGCCCUCUCAGUAGUAAAAGUAGGAGGCCGAUGCCCUGUAGUGAGAUAGUAUUAUAAUACAGGGCUGGUUUUACAAUUAUUUUGUGCAGCAUUUAAGAUGAGGUAAAAGUAAUAAAAAUUCUUCAGUCAUUUAUUAUAAAGCAUUACUUAGAUAUAAAUACAUUUGAUGUCUCAAGGUGAUUCACAUCCACUUUAGACAAUGGGACACCGGUAGAGCUGGUCAAUGUUGUAGAUAAAUAAGUCAAUGUGGCUCUACCCCCCUAAAACUAUAUUUAUUUUUAACUACUAAAACAUCAGAGUCAGAAAUAAAUAUUACUAACAUAAAUAUGUGCAUCGAAAGGGGUUAUUGAACUCUGCAUUUUCUUGUCGAUGGAUCCUUCGCGGCAUUAUAAAAUGUUGGCGGGAAUUAGUGCUAAUAUGUAUUAAUUUAAAAGAAUUUCUGAUAAAUUUCUAAUUUCUUAUAUUCUACUAUUGACGUUACAUUUUUGAAAACGUCUCCUAGAUACAUACUCGAGAAAAUUACAAGAAAAGUGACUCAACUCCAGAAUACAAAACAUUGUUUACAAACAUCAUUAAGGUAGCAGCAGAUUUAAAUUAGGGUAAGUAUUGGCUGGUCACAGGUACGAAAAGUUUUGAUUUAUAUAUCCUCAAUAUUAUCGGGCAAUCACAAAUUUCCAAAACUCCUCGUGACACCAAUUUACCGAUAAAUUCAUAUAUGACCCGUUCAAAGUUCAAUUCAUCACUAUUGUUGAGAAUUUCCUCUGAGCGGGCCUUUCUAAGAGAUUAGAUCCGAUGCAAUCCAGUUGUUCCCUUUGUGUGCUCGCUCGGAUCAUUGAGCGUGUUAUAUACAGAAGAUGGUGGUGUUAGUCACUCAGUCUCACUUGGUUCGUGUGAAACGAAGUUAUAUUCUUCUUGUUUGUGUUUGAAGCGCCUGAACUGCAGUGAACGCCAAAUUGCCGGAUAUUGUCAUUUGCCCGUAAUAUUUCGCCAGGCGUUAAAUUAAUUAUAAUGGCGAUCGUAUUCGGCGUUGUUUGUGCGUUGUUAGUUGCUUUGAUUCAUGAUUGCGAAGCUAUAAAGUGCUUCGAGUGCAACAGCGCGAACAACUCCGCCUGCCUCGACUUGCACGUGCAGAAAAUGAACGCGAUAGUACCCGUCGUGGAGUGCGGCAACUCACUGCCGAAUGUCCUCAGCAAGCAGUUCUUCUGCAGGAAGAUUACGCAGACUAUUCUGUAUCCAGAUCACACACCCGAGGUUAGAGUGACGCGCAGCUGUGGAUGGAUAAAACACAAACGAGAAUGCUACAAAGCUGAUAAUAAGGACCAUUUGGAGACCGUCUGCCAGUGUUUCGGCGACAUGUGCAACGGUGCCGUCAUCCUGGGACAGAAAGUAAUAAUUUUGUUAGUCGCCGCCAUGUUUGUUUGGUGUUGGCGGGAAAACUUAUGUCAAACAAUAGCUUAAGAUUAAACAUAUUUUUAUACCGUA